AUGAACGAUAGCGACCUAUACUAAGAUAGCAGCUAAGAAGGUUCAUCAAGAAAGGAAGAUCAAAAUCAUAAAAAUCCACUUUUUGAUGAAAUCUAAGCAGAUGGCGAUGCUGCAGAUUUUGAUUUAGACUCUCACAAUGAAUCUAAAAGCGCAUAGAAAAACUACGACUUAGAAGACUCACCCUAAGGACCUACUCAAGAGCAAAUAAGUCCUAACAAGGAUCAAUAUAGUGACCAAUAAGAAUUAGAUGAAGUUAAUCAAGUCCAAGAAAAGUCUGUAGAAAAAAAUGAUAACUUCGAAAGCAGUGAUUUCAAAAAGUAUCUCAAUAACGAUGAAAAUGAAAAUUAUAAAUAUUUUGAAGAGUAGCAAGAAGAAGAGGAAGAAGAAAGAUAGAAUGAAAGUUCAUAAGGAGAACAAGUAAGAGAAGAAGCUUUACAAUACUAGCAAAAGAAUAGUCUUUUUGAUGAUUUGCAAGGAGAAGCAGACUUUGAUAUCAAUUAAAGUUCAUCAAGAAAAGAUACUUAAAAUAGCGAGAGACUUUAUUCUUAAGGAGACGAAGAUUUUGUUUAACAAAAUACUUAAAAGCAUCAAUAAGAGAAUGAAAGUAUAUUUUAUAAGUAAAGAAAUCAACCAGAUGAUUAGUAGAGUUAGGAGCAAGAAUAAAAGCAAUAAGAUGAAAUUAUUGCUUUUAACUAAGAAGAAAAUGUAGAUAAUCAAAACAAAGAAUAAGAUGCUGAUAAUGAAAAAGUAAAAGAGAGUGAAGAAGGAGACAGUCUUUCAAAUAACAAUGAAAAAACAAAUUUUGAAGCAUAAAUAUAAUAAUAAGUUGAUCAAGGAGAUGAUUAGCAUUUGAUUAAGCUGCUCAAUCCUUCUGAAGAAGUAGAAGCCUCAAUCAAAAACAACUCAAACUUGCAUGAAGAAAAUUUAUAGUAAAGUGAUUAAAAAGAUUAGUAGGUUAAGGGAGAAGAUAUCUAUCAAGGAAAUGAAGAAGAAAUGAGUAACCAAGAUUAAAAUUAGGAAGAAGCAAAUGAUUAAUUAGAAAAUGAUUCAAAUAUUUAAGAAAAUAAAAGUAUAAAGCAAGACUAAGAAGAAAUUAAAACUCCAAUCAAAUAAUAAGAAGAAGAAAGUUAGCAAGAUAUUUAAACAGAAAUUUAAGUUGAAUAAGAAAAUCACAUGGAAAAACAAGGACAAUAACAAGUAGAAGUUGAUAAUAAGAAUGAAAAUUCAAAUUUAGAAGAAGUUUCUAAUUAAGAAGAGUAAAGUUUAAGAGAGUAGCAAAUAAAUGAUGAGAUAAAUUAGCUAGAAGAUGAUAAGCACAGUGAAUAAAAGUAAUUUGAUUAAGAUUAAUAAAGCAGAGAAGAAAAUAUCUAAUCAGAGGUAUUCAAGUAAGAUAGAGAUAAUCAUUAAUAAAAUGAAGCUUAGCAAUAUUAAUAAGAAGAAGAAGAAGAAUAAGAAAGUUUGAAGCAGGAAGAAUAUCCUAGCGAAUUAAAAUAAUCUAUGAAUGAUAGCGAAUUAUAUAGAAAUAGCAGCUUUGAAAACUCUUAAUUUAACUAGUAUCAAAAAGAUAAUUUACAUAAUUAAGAGGAAGAGCAGCAAUCUCCUAAGAUAGGAUCAUCAAGUGUUUUGAAUAAUUAUAAACUUGAAGACUCUCCUUCAAGACCUGCUGCAGCUGGGGAUUCUAGGAAAUAAUCUGAUAACUAUGAAUAAGACUUGUAUUACAAGGAUCAUAUUUAAGAAUUACAUAAUUAGUAAGAAUAUAAAAGUGAGUAUUAGCCUUCUCCUCAAAAAGAAGACUAUGACGAUCUUGAAUCAGAUGGAUUCGAUACUCUUAAAAUGAAUGCUAAUGAUUAAAAUGAUCAAUCUUCUCAUAAAUAUGGAAUUCAAGUCCACAUUGAAAAAUCAUUAGCACCUGAAUAGGCAGUUGACGAAAAUAAUCUUGAAAACAAUUUGUUAAAUCCUAUUGAGAAAAAAUAAUAAAUUAUGAGUUUGGGAGAUAGCGCAUUAAAGGAUAUUUUAAAUGAAAUAAAAACAUUCAAACAAGAGAAGUAACAAAAAGACCCUGAGGAAAUAGUAAUGAGACUUAGCACUUUAUUGUAAGAAUUAGAGGUCUAAAACUUAAAUAAUUCUUUAAAGCUUUCUUAAAACUAAAUUCCUAACGAUUCUUAAAUAGAAAAAGAUUUUGAGUAAAAGAUUUAAGCCAGUCUUUAAAAAGAGAGCCUUAAGAAAGAAGAAAAGUAGAAUUCUGAAGCUUAAAAGGAUGAGGUCACUGAGUUCAAUCAAGAAGAUAAAAUUGAUAAGGAAGAAUUUCAAAAAGAAAAAGAAAUUAUCACAAAAGAAAAGGAAGAAUUAAUUCAGUUAAAAGAAGAUCUCAGAAAGUAGAAAGAAGAUUUCAACAAAUAAAAAUAAGAGGUUGAAAAAUAAAAGAGUGAAUUAGAAUUGAAGGCAGAAAAUUUAAAUUUAAUUUCAAUGUAAUUUGAAGAAAGAGAAAAGGAGCUCGAAGAAGUAUAAAACACGUUAUAAUAGUAAUAAGAAGAGUUAAGCUAAAAGCGCAAAUAAUACGAACAAAUUUAAGAUAAAUUAGAGUUGUUAGAGUAAAAAGAGCAGCAUGUUAAAGAAAGAGAAGAAACUUUAGCUUAAUAAAUUGAAUUCCUUAAAGAAAAAGACAUUUAUGUAAAUGACAGAGAAUAAGAAUUAUUAGAUAAAGAAAGGGAAUUAGAGUCAUUGUUUGAAGAAUAAAAAGAGAAGGAGAAAUAUUUAGAGAAUUUAAUUAAUGAAUAAAAUCAAAAAUUAAAACUUUUAGAGCAACAAUCAAUUAAUCAAUAAAGCGAAGAUUUGAAACUUUUAGAGCAACAAUUUAUUAAUGAAUAAAAUGAAAAAUUGAAACUUUUAGAGCAACAAUUAAUUAAUGAAUAAAAUGAAAAAUUGAAAAAUUUAGAAGAAAAAUUAGUUAAUGAAUAAAAUGAAAAGUUGAAACUUUUAGAGCAACAAUUAGAUGAACAUUAAGCAAAAGAAAAGGCUUUGGAGUAAUUGCUAAAAGAAAAUGAUGGUAAAUAAAAGGAGCUAGAUUUGCUUAUAAGUUAGUAAGCAGAGAAAGAGUAGGUCUUAUAAUAAUUGAUGGAGUAAUAGAAGUAGAGAGAAUAUGAAUUCGAGCAAAUUGUUAAUGAAUAAAAAUAAAAAGAAUAGGAGCUUGAAUAACUAUUCAGUGAAUAAUCUAAGAUCAAGCAUCAACUUGAGUAAUAAUUAGCUUAAUAAAUAGAAAAAGAAUAAGAACUUGAUUAGUUAAUUAAUGAAGCUUAGUCUAGAAACCAAGCAACUUUUACAGAAGAAUAAGAAAUCGUAUUAACCACACCAAAGAAAGAAGAAAGACAAGAAAGAACUGUUUAAGAAGGUAGAAAUGAAGACUUUACUGAAGGAAAUGAUGAAAAUGAAGAGGAAUUAGAAUUACGUUUAAAAAAAGAGGUUGAGGAUCUUUAACAAUAACUUUAGAUAAGUGCUUAGAAAAACCAAGAAUCUGCUAAGAAAAUCAUAGACCUUGAAAAGGCUGUAUAAAAUUACUAAAUGAUUGAAAGAGAUGAAAAAAAUUUUGAAGAAAUCUUUAGGUAAAACAAAAAACUUGAAGAUAAAAUUAAAUCAUAUGAAAUGGAAUAUUCAGCUAGAAAGAAUUAGCUAGAGCAUUAGGAAUAAACUAUUGCUAAAUUGCAUUCCUAGCUUGUUUAGGCUGAUGCAGAUCUAUAAAAAUAUAUAGAAGAUAAACGAUUACUUAAUGACAAAAUCGAAGCUUUAAAAUAUGAAAAGGAAGAAGAAAUAAAAAGACUAAAGUAAGAAAAUGAUAUUGAAAAAAUGAGCAGAAGUCAAAGUAAAUUAAUGGAAAGUGAAAGUAUUGCUUUUGAAUCAAUUGUUGGUGAUUAUAAGGAUACUAUCAACAUGCUCAGCAAUAAGUGUGAGGAUUACGAAACUCAAAUACAAAAUUUAACAAAGCAAAACAAUGUUCUUGUUAAUUCGUUUAAAGAAAUCAAGUCAAACUUAACCUCUUACUAAGAAGAGCUAGAUAACAAAGAGGAAUUUAUCUAAAAGUAAUCUUAAGAUAUGUUUGAAUUAUAAAAGAGUGUUAAUCAAUAUAAGCAAAUGGCAAAGAAGUUAGAGGAUUAGUUGAAAGAUUUGUCUAACAAAUCUUAAGAAGAAUCUAGCACUCUUUAAUAUGAAUUAGAAAAAAACAACAUAUUGCUAGAAUAAAAAAAUAAAGAUGUGCAAGCUAAAAAUUAAGAAAUUUAAAGUUUGUAUGAAAAAAUCUCAUUGAUUGAAAAAUCAAAUUUAUAGAAAUUAGAGGAUCUCAAUCUUGUCAUUCAAGAAGAGCAAAAUUAGAGAAAAGAAAUAUAAACAGAACUUGAAUAGUUGGUUGAUAAAUAUAAUUAAGAUGUUUAGGAAUUACAAAAGGUAAUGGAUUAAUAAUAGGAAGAAUUUACUCAAAUUUAAUAACAAUUGUAAGAAUCAAGUUAGAAUUAAUAGAAAGAAAACUUAAACUUAAAAGAAUAAAUGGAACAUCUCAAAUAAUAAUUAGAUUAAAAAAAUGCAGAAAUUGUUUCUAAACAAGAAGAGUUGUUGAAUCUUGAAGAUAUGUUACAAAAAAUUGAAAAUGAUUUAAAAUAACAAAAGCAUGAAUUUGAUUUGUAAAUUUAAAAAUAAGAAGAUAGCAAUAACUAACAUGUUGACUAAUUGUAAAAGAUAAUUGAUGAAAAACAAGAAGAAAUUAGUUUAUUAUAAUAAAAUUAAUAAGAUAGCAGUUUGAGAUCUUAAGAAGACUUAAAGAUUUUAAAGAUCAAAUUAGACAAUUUAGUUUCUGAAUUGAAUAAUGCAAAUGAAUAACUGAAUGAAAUGGAUAAAGAAUUACAGUUUAAAGAUGAAUAACUUAAAUUAACUGAGAAAGAAUAUUAAAUGAAUAUUAAUUAAUUACAAGUUAAGCAAAAUGACUUACAAGAUCAAAAAAAAUAAUUAGAAGAAAUGCUAUAGGAAUAAGAGGAAAGAUAUAGCCAAGAAAUAACUUAAUUGUAAAACAUAAUUGAUUAAUAAUAAGAAGAUCUUUAAGGCUUGUAAUAGAAUUUGUUAGGAAGCUCAAAAAUCUAAGAAGAUAAAAACAAAGCUUUAACUAAUGAAUUAUAAUAGGCUAAGCAAGAGAUUGAAAAAAUGAAUCAUUAAUUAUAGGCUUAACACAAAGAUUUAGAAAAGGCUUACUAGUAAUUUGAUGAUAGCGAAAAGCAAAAUUAACAAAAAUUAAAGUCCGCAGAAGUUAAAUUGCAGGAUUUAGAGGCUAAAUACAAAGAUUUAUAAGAAUCUAUAUAAAUUGAGUAAGAAAAAUAUAGUAAAGAUAUUGAAGAGCUUCAGAAUAUUAUUGAGACUUAAUAGCAAGAGAUUAACUUAAUGGAGUAAAAUAUGACAAAGCUGAAAAAUGAUUUAGACAGAAAGGUCAAAGAUUUAGAUGUUAAAAAUAUUGAAAUUCAAGCAAAAGAUAGUGAUUUGGAAAGUGCUUAUGCUUAAAUUGAUAAAAUUGAUAUAUAGUAUCAACAUAAGCUUAAUGAAUAUGAAUCUAAAUAGUAAGAACUUGCAAAUAAUAACAAUCAUUUAGAAGGAAAGUUAAUUGAGCUAGAAGAUAAAUAUAAUAAAGAUGUUUCAGAACUUUAAAAAGUUAUUGAAUAAUAAUAAUAAGACUUGAAUAAUUUGGAAUAAGAAUUAUACAAUCAAGGUAGUCAAAACGAAGAGACUAGUAAUCUUAGAGUUGAGUUAGAAAAGGUUUCUAUUUAAUUAGAUGAAAGGAACAGUGAAAUAUUAAUAAAGAACAAAGAGCUAGAUAGCAUGUAUGAAUAAAUUGAUAAAAUCGAGAGAUAGUAUCAACAAAAGCUUAGAGAGCAAGAAAUCAAAAUACAAGAUCUCUAAAAACUAAAAAAAGAGUAUGAUUAGUAAUUGUUAGAGUUAGAUAAUAAAAAUAGCUAAGACAUUGCCGAUUUAAAGAAUAUUAUUGAGUAGUAAUAAGAGGAUUUGAAUAAUAUGCAAAAAGAUUUAUUUGAGAACACUAAACAUUAAGAAGAGAACAAUAACUUAAGAUUUGAAUUGGAAAGAAAGAAUAUUCAACUUAACAGUGACCUCAUUUAAAAAAAUAAAGAGUUGGAUUAAUUGCAUGAGUAGAUAAAUAAGAUUGAAAAAUAAAAUCAAUAAAAGCUUAGAGAUUAAGAACUUAAAUUGUAGGAUUUACAAAACUAAAAGAAAGAAUUUGAUCUGAAAUUAAUGGAAUAAGAAGAAAAGAAUAACUAAUAUAUCACAGAGUUGUAGAAAAUCAUAGAGUAAUAAUAGGAAGACUUAAAUAAAAUGGAGCAAUGCUUAUACGAAAACAACGGAUCUUAGGACGAAAUAAAUAAUUUAAGAUCUGAGAUUGAGAAAUAGUAAAAUGAAUUGGAUGAAAAGAGCAAUGAAAUUAAUUAAAAAGAAAAGGAAUUAGAAGAUAUGUUCCAACAAAUGCAAGAGGUAGAGAGAUAAUACCAAGAUAAACUCAAUGAAACAGAGUCUAAACUUAAGGAAUUGCAAAACUAAAAUAAUGAGAUAAUAGGAAAAUUUGAAGAGUCUGAAUAAAAGAGCAAUUUCCAUAUUUCUGAAUUGUAGAAAAUCAUCGAUUAGCAAUAAGAAAUGAUUGGUAGAAUGGAUCAAGAUUUGUUUGAUACUUCAAGAUAGCAAGAAGAGAACAAUAGUUUAAGAAUGGAAUUAGAGAGAAAAACUCUUCAGUUAGAACAAAGAAAUGCAGAAAUAUUAUCUAAGAAUAAAGAACUUGAAAGCAAAUAUGAUUAGCUUGAUAAAAUUGAGAGAUAAUAUUAACAAAAGCUAAGAGAUUUUGAGCUUAAAUAGCAAGAUUUAUAGAAUCAAAAGAAAGAACUUGAAUUAAGACUCCUUGAAUAAGAAGAAAAUGGUGGCAGCUUAGAAAAGUUACAAAGAGAAUUUGAAAUGCAAAAGAAAGAGUUAGAAAAUAUUCUAGAUAAAUAGCAAAUAGAAAUCGAAGAACUAAAUGAUAAGCUUAUCAGAUAGAGAGAAGACUACGAAUACUAGCUCGCCCAAGCCAAUAACAGAAUCCAAUCUAUUGAGCUCGAUCAUAAAACUGAAAUUAAAAAAUUAAUGAAAUUGCAAGAAGAGCUCCGUCUUUAAAAUAGAGAUAUGGAAAAUAAAUACGAGAGACUAAAAGAAGACCACAAGAAUAUCCAAAACAGUUCCUUUAACAAUUCUUUUGAUGCAAAUAACAAACUUGGAACUCCUAACAAGAGAGUCUCAGAUUUACCACCUAGAUAACUCUUGCCUAGUGGUACAAUUACAGGUACUUCUUAAUAAUACGGAGUUAGAUAAUCAAAAGAUCUUACAGCUGCCCCAGGCUCGAUUAGCGGAACAAAUUAACAACCUGCUUACACAUCUCCUGUUUCUAUGAGAUUAAACUCAUAAGAAGACUAAAAGUCUAGAUAUAGCUAGAAUUCUCCUCAAUAGCCUCAUCAAGCUGUUUCUAGUACAGCUUUUAACCAUCAUAGCAAUGUUAUUUUGGAUCAAGCUUAUAUGAAGUGCAUUGAACGUUCAAAGAAUCUCCUUAGUAAGAAUGAAACUAUCUUAAAUAACUUGAAAGCAACAAAUUCCGUUGAAAGACCACUUAAAUACUAAUAUUCUCCUUCUUAAUAAAUGAAUAACAAUAAUAGUUUCACUAACUUGCACAACUCAAGCAAUUUAAAUAAUUUACCUUCAAAUGGUAUCCCUGCCAGCUAGGUUGGUAGCAACAACUAUCCUCCUGCUCAGUAACAAAGAAACUCUUCCCUUGUAAAUCAAAGUUCAUCUCAUUCAACCCCUAAAGGACCUCAGUACAUCAAAAAGCUUGAUAACCGUCCACCAUUCCUUUAACUUCCAGCAGGGCAAUAAUAAUUGCAGUAAUAAUAAAUACAAGGAUAAUAAUAAUAAUAAUAGCCAGUUCAUUAAUAAUAAUCCUCUGUAUAAAACUUCUCUUAAAUAAGAACGAUUAGCAAUUCAACAACCCAAUAGCCUAAACGUCCUCCUAUUAUUGAACAAUAGAGAAAUAGAACCUCCUCAAUCGAUUAGAGUUAAAAUAAUUUAUACUUAUAAUAGCAAUAGUAAAUGCAAUCUAUUUAAUAAUAACAACAACAAUUGCAACAAUAAUAAGAUCUCAUCAACAACUAAAAUCGCAGCAAGUCUUCUAAUUAAAAUAAUUAUCCUUAAUUAUAAUAGCAAUAACAACAAUAGUAACUUCUCUAGCAAUAGUAAUAAUAAAAUUUAAUCAAAAAGUAGAAUACUUAACCUACUACUGGUAAUACAGUUUAAAGUUAAGUUAUGCCUAAAUAUGAAGGUGAGCGUUUAGGAAAUCUAAGACACGGAAGAGGAAGAUGCUACUAUCCUAACGGAGAACUCUAUGAAGGAGAAUGGAAGAGUGACAAGCGUCAUGGAUAUGGCAUAUUGAGAGAUUAAAAUGGAGAAAUUUAUAAUGGAGAUUGGGAAUUCGAUCUUUAUCACGGAUAAGGAAGACUAAGAAAUAAAUUCUGCGAGCCUUUAAAUAAAGAAUUUGAUUUUAGAAACUUCGAAAACUUGAGGAACUAUUGGAGCAGUUACUCAGGAGAAUUCAAAAAUCAUUCAUUACAUGGUUUGGGAACCCUCAUCCUAUCAAAUGGUGAAAAAUUCUUAGGAUCUUUUGCUGGUGGUAAAGUUCAUGGUGAAGGUACUUUCUAUAGAUCAAAUGGAGAAAUAGAAGUAGGUUUUUGGUAAAAUAAUAAAUUCAUUGGAAAGUUAUGA